UUCGGGGGCGAUAAUUUCGUCAAGGACGAUUUUAUCGGAAAUCAUCGUCGUGAGACAAGAAACUCAAGAUUAUUUAUCAAGCGUCACUUCUGCGAGACAGAACUCCCACAAAAAGAAUUUCCCGAAGGUAAAUCCGACUCACGGAAUUUUUUUCUCAUCGACCACCGAGACAACCCCCAGCAAAUUAAAAUGGCUGUGAUUGGCCGAGUUGGGUGAUUACAACGGUAGAACAAUAGGAGACCACGGUAGUCCGUCCAGGAUUGGGAUUCGCAAAAGUUUGAGCUGUUCGUUGAGAAAACGCAGAAACGUUCGGACGAAGGGAUGAUCCGGCGUUACGCGCUGGUGCGCGAGAAACUUUGCUGAUUGCCGGAUUCUGCACCCCGCGGGGCACGCGCGGGGGGUGGAAAAAGAAAAUCGUCGUCGGGAUUGAGGGCGAGAAGAGUGAGGAGGGAUUUGCCGAGUAAAUCGGGAAAGUGUCCUCGCAAGAGAUGAGGUCCUAUGAUGGCGAGAGUAGCUCGACGGAGGACGACGAUCGCAGGGAAGGCCUGCCGGAGCCGCAUCUGCAGCAAGGAUCCUGGCAACGCACUUCGUCACAUCCUACCUGGGCCUGGGAGCAUCGCAAUGCCCAUCCAUUGCCUCCACAAUCCGCGGCAGCUCUCGAGUCCGUGUAUUCGACACCAGGAGCUUCGCACCCGGGUGUGUCAGGCCCACCGGCAGCGUAUUCAUCAGAGCACACUCAAAGUGCACCAGGACGAAGGACUCCGCUGGGUACCGUAGGUCUCGGUGGCUUUUACUUUCAGCAGCAACCGCAACCCCACGCCUCGUCGAGCGCGUUGUCUGAUGAAAAUCGGCCGGACGAGAGACCUUCAGCUUCCCGACUGAACUGCCCUCCGAAGUCAAAAACGACUCGUCAGGGGAAGAGCGUGAGGCUGAACAUUAACGCGCGAGAGCGCAGGAGAAUGCACGACUUGAACGACGCACUGGACGAGCUUCGCUCCGUUAUUCCUUAUGCUCACAGCCCUUCGGUGAGGAAGCUGUCCAAGAUAGCCACCCUGCUGCUGGCGAAAAAUUACAUUCUUAUGCAAGGGAACGCCUUGGAGGAGCUUCGAAGAGUAAUCGCCGUCCUGCAAUCGCCGCACGCGCACACCACCGCCUUGCCACCCACGCCGGUCUCCUACGACCUUCUGCAGGGAUUCCCCGGCAAGUUGUUCCAAGGGGUACAGGAGAUGCAGGGACUACCCGCAAACGAACCUCAGAUCGUGACUGGCCCUCCGACUGAUGGCACGGUCGCCAGCGGAGAAUCGAAUUAA